AUAUGGUUUUGUGUAGCAUAUCAAGGCUAUGGCUUCCAUGAGGAUGGACUUAAGGCUGGUGUGGCUGCUGCAGAUGGUAUGCUUAGAAGGAAUUGUUGUAUUCUGGAUAACCCCAAGCAUAUGGUACCAACCUGGCCUGAAACUGGAGCACGCCUCCUCGUUACUAGAUUUCUCAAAAGUUUCAUUCAAACAGGAUGCAUAAUCUUGUUGGAAGAAGGAGGCAAAAUUUUCACAUUCCAAGGAACAGAGAAGAAAUGCUCUCUCAAAGUUUCUCUUAGAGUUCAUAAUACACAGUUCUACUGGAAGGUUGCAAGUCGAGCUGACCUAGGGAUUGCUGAUGCUUUUAUUCAUGGGGAUAUCUCCUUUGUUAAUAAGAAUGAAGGUCUCCUUAAUCUUUUCAUGAUAUAUGUUGCCAACAGAGAUUUGAAUGCAUCUGUUAAAAGAGGCUGGUGGACACCACUACUAGAUCUGUCAUCUGCAAAAUAUUUCAUUGGACAUGUUUCAAAUCGAAACACCCUGACUCAGGCUCGUCGGAAUAUAUCUCGUCAUUAUGACCUGAGUAAUGAACUCUUUUCACUCUUUCUGGAUGAGACAAUGACAUACUCAUGCGCAAUUUUCAAGAGUGAGGACGAAGACCUGAAAGAUGCACAGCUGAGAAAGAUUUCUGUUCUAAUUAAAAAGGCAAAAAUUAGCAAGAAACAUCACAUUUUAGAGAUUGGAUUUGGUUGGGGAAGUUUCGCGGUGGAAGUUGUCAAGCAAACAGGAUGUAAAUAUACUGGUAUAACUCUUUCGGAGCAGCAGCUGGAGUAUGCACAGUUGAAAGUUGAGCAAGCAGGCCUUCAGGAUCGAAUCACCUUACUCCUAUGUGACUAUCGUCAAAUGCCAAAUAAGGACAAAUAUGACAGGAUUAUAUCAAUCGGGAUGAUAGAACAUGUCGGUCAUGAUUACAUAGAGGAAUUCUUUACUUGCUGUGAGUCUGCAUUGGCAGAAGAUGGGCUUCUAGUUCUACAGUUCUUUUCAAUACCAGAUGAGAGGUAUGACAGCCACAGGCAGAGCACAGACUUCAUGAGAGAGUAUAUAUUCCCAGGUGUAUGCGUGCCUGCACUAAGUCGAAUAAUAUCAGGCAUGGUUGCUGCAUCCAGACUAUGUGUAGUGCAUGUGGAAGAGAUAGGAAAUCAUUACUAUCAGACACUGAGAUGUUGGCGAAAUAACUUCCUGAAAAAUAAAAGACAAAUUCGUGCUUUGGGAUUCGAUGACAAGUUCAUUAGGACAUGGGAGUACUACUUUGACUAUUGUGCUGCUGUAUUCAAAACACACACAUUUGGAGUUUAUCAGAUUGUAUUUUCAAGGUCAGGCAAUGUUGAUGCAUUUGGUGAUCCUUACAAUGGUGUUCCUUCAGCUUAUUAG